ACACAAUACUCUCUAAUCUCUUUGGUAACCUACCUACUUCAUUAAAAUUAAAAAUAUAUAAAUAAUAUUCUGUGAUUGCUUCAAAUUACAUAUUGAACUCAGAAUUUUGGUUUUAUGCAAGUUUUAUGCAUAAUUUAUCUAUUCUUAUAGGUAAUAUGGUAAUAGUUUCAUACGUACCUAGUAUUUGUAUUCUCUUUGAUUUCACGGAGCCAUUGUUUUUUUUUAUCUCUCGCGGGAGUUCAUUGUUUUGAAAAAACCUGUGUUUAUCAGUUUAUUACCAUGGAAAGCAAUGAAACGCAAGUGACAGAAGAAAUUAAAUUUAAACCUAAAAAGAAGAAGAACUUGCGUCAACGAGUUAAAAUGGAAGACGAAGAGGAAGAGGAUGAACAGCAAAUUUUAGCAAAAUUGGAACAGGCGAAAGAGAUUCAGAGGCUUCGUGAACGACCAAACGGUGUGAGUAUUAUUGCUUUGGCGACUGGACUAAAAACAACACUAGAAGAUGAAAUUACAUGUAAGGAUCCAUUUAAAGUCAAAUCCGGUGGAUUGAUUAAUAUGCAAGCGUUGAAAGGUGGAAAAAUCAAACAAGUUGAUGAUGCUUAUGAUACGGGUAUUGGUACACAGUUUUCUGCGGAAACAAAUAAACGGGAUGAAGAUGAAGAGAUGAUGAAGUAUAUUGAAGAGCAACUGGCAAAACGAAAAGAAGGAAGUGAUAAACAUAAAAAAGAAAAUGAUGAAAAUGACACAUUAAAAUAUUUAUCACCUGAAGAAGCGGCAUUGCUUUCAUUACCGGAACAUUUGAGGGUUUCCUCCACGCAUAAGUCAGAGGAAAUGUUAUCAAAUCAAAUGUUGAGCGGCAUUCCAGAGGUUGAUCUAGGUAUAGAAGCUAAAAUUAAAAAUAUUGAAGCGACAGAGGAAGCCAAAAUGAAAUUACUUUGGGAGCGGCAAAAUAAAAAGGAUGGACCAUCUCAAUUUGUUCCUACCAACAUGGCUGUAAAUUUUGUACAACAUAAUCGGUUCAAUUUAGAGAAUGCCAAUGUUAAGAAGAGGAAAGUCGAAAAGGAAGAAAUUGUAAAGAAUGAAGCUAGAGUUGUGACGUCUAUAGAUGAAAGUGUUGACAAAAUUGUUAAAAAAGCAAAAGGCGAAAGAGCAACUGAUGAUUAUCAUUAUGAGAAGUUUAGGAAACAGUUCAGGAAAUAUUAAUGUGUGUUGAGGACAUUGUAAUUUCAAUAAAAUUCCUUACGACCGGCAAUACCUACAUAGAUCUACAUUACCACUAUCGGCUUGGAGAAUCAACUAUUGGCAAAAUCCUUACAGAAGUGUGUACAAAAAUUUGGGAUGUUCUGCACGACGAAACUUUAAGACUGCCUUCAUCACAUGAAGAUUGGCUAAGAAUCGCUGAGGGUUUCAAAUCACGAGCAAAUUUUCCUAAUAAUUGUGUUGGAGCGAUAGAUGGCAAGCACGUCCGUUUUAUUUGCCCUGCAUUCAGUGGAAGAUUCAGUUAUUAUAAAAAAUAUUAUUCAAUCGUUCUGUUGGCUAUGUGUGACGCUUAUUACUGUUUCAAGUAGGGUAACGGCACCAGUGGUCAGCCUCAUAACAAGCUUUUUGAAGUUUUGACAUUUGCCAUUUCUACACUCGUCAAUAAAAAAUCGUACAACAUGUAUGGAUUUAUUGUUUUUUGUAUUACCGCAUCAACGUUUAUCAAAAACAAUAAUUCUCUUAGUAAAAUAUAUAAUUAAUUUUAAACAAAAAAUGGCCCAGUGUCCCAGUGAACAGCCUCUAAAAACCAAUAAACAGCCUUGUUGAACCCAGUGUUCAGCCUUUAGUAAGUAUAACUAAUAAUGAGAUCAAAAUAAACAAUGUUAUAUCGAUAUUAAUCACAUUUUUAUAGCAACGAUUCACUUAGCAUAAAAAAAUGUAUAUCGCACAUAAUACAAAUAUUAUUUUAAACAUUACAAAUUUACAAUCUC